AUGCCCCAGUAUCCUAAGUGUCAUUGGAAAAGAAUUACAAUUGAUUCAAAAGCAUUACCAAGGCAUCAAUUCAUCUUGUGGUUGGCUAUGCAUAAGAAGCUAGCUACAGUGGAUAGAUUAAGGAAGUGGGGGAUCUCAAUAGCAAGUGAUUGUGUGCUGUGUGAGAAAGAUACUGAGGGGACAAUGGAGCAUCUAUUUUUUGAAUGUGACUACUCCAGGAAUAUGUGGGCAACACUGUUAAAAUGGCUGGGAGAAAGACACCAAAUAGGUAGCUGGAAUGCUGAGAUUGAAUGGUUAGAAAAAAGAAGUUCAUGCAGAGUUCGAGCUCAUGUGCUAAGAUUCUUGUUUGCAGCUGUAAUUUAUCAUGUCUGGACAGAGAAAUCAAAGAAGAAUUCAAGGGAAGAUGAUAGCAAGCCUUCAGAGGGUGAAGAAUAUUAUCCUAGAGCUACACAUACGAGGGCAGAAGGAAUCCAAAUGGCACAAUGA